AUGCCUGGACAGCAAGGUUUCACUUCUAUUUCGUCCAACAAUAGGCCUGGACAGACCCCAUCUGUCAUGCUCGAGUCGUAUCUGGCCAGCGAGCUCACAGUGACAGAGAGAUUGGCAAUGGGAGUCACGAGUUUCUCAAGCGGCAACAAUACAAGCAACAGGGACACGACAUCAGGACAGGUGUCGUCCUCAUCGCAGACAGGACAGGGUGGAGGUCAGAACUGA